AUGAGUGCAGAGUCUACCGGACCCAGGAAGCCACUCAUGGUGGCCGUUAUCGAGAAUGACAUCGAGAAACUCAAGGAGGCGUUGGCCGCAACCCCUCCCCCAACCACUGAAGAGUUGGGCAUUGCUGCAUAUUCAAUAGCCAACUCCGCCAACGAGAAACACCUUCUUGCGAUCAAGUUGAUUUUGGAUCGCGAUGCAUCCCUCUGCGGUUCUUUGGUUGGGCCGGCUUGCAGGAACAAGGACACCGAGCUUUUCCAGUUGAUGUACGACAAUGGCUGGGGAGAAGAUCAGAUCAAUGCUUCCUUCAGCAGACCUUACGAGCAUCUGUUGAGCGUGGUCCGCUCCGUCAAGGCGCUGCAGUGGUUGCUCGACCACGGGCUGGAUCCCAACUUGCCUGCUGAACGUGGAAUGAGCGGCUGCAUUGGGGAUCUGACACCCCUCAACGCCGUUGCAAAGGCGCUCGGGAGCUAUGCCGACAUAGCCAUAGAAGCGAUGGAGCUUCUCGUCUCUCGGGGGGCGGUGCUCGACUACAAUGUCCUGAAGACUGCCCUUGUCAGGGGCCGCAGGGAAGCCUGUUUCGAUGGCGACGUUCCGCGCUGGAUUCUACAGCAUGCCACGGACUUCGACAUCAACACGCCGUCUCGCAAGGGUUAUCCUUUGCUCCACGCGGCCAUCCUUAACCAGCGUCAACAACUGGUCGCAUGGCUACUGGAGAACGGCGCAGACCCCUCGAUUCGUGUGAAGCACAAAGGACGGUGGAAGAAUGCCGUCAAAAUUGCCGAGGAGGUUUGCAAUGUGCUGAUCUUGGAUCUAGUCAUAGCGGCUGCGAAGGCACAGUAG